UGCAGGGAGCGAGACGGGUCCUGCGUGAUCACACGAAAUCCUGACUUCACCGAGUCCGUUAAUGUUUAUCCGCAUCGGCUGGAGGAGGAUGACAGAGAGUGGGAGCGGACCAUGCUGUGGGACAUUCUGGGGAUGUUUUGGACGGGCCCUAGGGUGGCAUUCUGGCGACAAGCCGCGCUUGGCUGCGGGUGCACGAAUGAAGCCGGUAAUACGAUACUUCUACACUCUGACGUCUCUGAUGCUUGGGCAAAUCUAGGGUUUGCCUUAAAACCGCUGGAGAUGAGCCAGGAUUGCAGGUCGUUGACCGUCCAGUUCUAUUGGCUCCCUGGUGAGGUUGGGCCUCAUUCGGCUCCGCUGACCUCGGCUCCGGCUUUUGGUCAGAUCGACACUGCGCGCUUUACGUUCAACAACUCUCGGACCAAUAGUUUGAUGCGAUCCGGUGAUAUCGUGGUGCUACGAACCAAGGACCCACGAAAUCUGCCCCUCCCGUCCUUCCAGCUACUGGAGAUGCAGUGGUACUUGCAUCGUGCAGCUGUACUC